ACUGGAGGUAACAUCCCCGUGUCUUUCUCUUCCGCAGUGUGUCCGAGAUGGCGAGCGUGCUGUCCAGGCGUCUGGGGAAGCGCUCCCUGCUAGGCACCCGCGUCUCUGCCCCCAGCGCCUUGGCUGACGGGGUGCUGGUGCCCCCCCAAAUCCCCAGCCUGCAGACCGACCUCGGCCGGGCCUCUGCCCACACGGUGCCACGAGAGGAUGGAUCUUGCGCGCCGUCGGCAGAGGAGAGCAGCCAAGCAGCCAGAUGCCCCAGCCGCCGGCAGCUCCACGCCGGGCAACAGGUCCUCGUCACCUACAACGGGCAGGAGUGCGCCGGCCUCGUGGAGCAGCACAACCCGCUGAGCGACAAGGUGAAGGUGCUGCUGCCGGAGCAGGGCUUGCAGGCGUGUUGGAGGGUGCAGGACGUGCGGCCGGCCGCGCUCCAGCCCCCCGUCCUGCCCACAGCUGGUGGUCCCGGCCCUGCCGAGGCCCUGCAGAGAUCCGUAUCCAGCAAUAUCGACGUACCCAAGAGAAAAGCCGACGCCGCUGUGGAGAUGGAUGAGAUGGUGGCAGCCAUGGUGCUGACGAGCCUCUCCUGCAGCCCCGUGGUGCAGAGCCCUCCCGCCGGCGAGAGCGGCAUCCCCUCCUCACGGGCAGCCUGUGAUCCCUGGAAGGAGAGCGGCGACGUCUCGGACAGCGGCAGCAGCACCACCAGCGGGCACUGGAGCGGGGGCAGCGACAUCUCCGCCCCUUCACCCCCUCACCCCGCCGGCAGCCCCAAAUACGCCAGUGAGGCCCUGAGCUCCCCUCAGGCAGACGACGGCUUUGAGACCGACUCCGACCCCUUUCUCCUCGAUGAACCCGCUCCACGCAAGAGAAAGAACUCGGUGAAAGUGAUGUACAAGUGCCUGUGGCCGAGCUGCGGGAAGGUCCUGCGCUCCAUCGUCGGCAUCAAGCGACACGUCAAGACCCAGCACCUCGGGGACGGCGCGGACUCCGACCAGCGGAAGCGGGAGGAGGAUUUCUACUACACCGAAGUGCAGGUGAAGGAAGAGCCGGCACCGGAGGCAGGCACUGCCACCAGCCCCACGUCUGCCUCCGCCCCCAUCAUCAUCCAGCAAGCGCUGGCGAAGCCGGAGGCGCUACUGGUGGAGCAGCCGGCACUGGAGCCCGCCCUGGCCAGCAGCGCCCUGAGCCAGUCUGCGCCCAGCUCCUUCUGGCACAUCCAGGCUGAUCAUGCCUACCAGGCGUUGCCCUCAAUCCAAAUUCCAGUGUCCCCCCACAUCUUCACCAGCAUCAGCUGGGCCACUGCCACCUCGACUCUCCCGUCCCUGUCACCGGUGCGGAGCCGGUCGCUCAGCUUCAGCGAACCCCAACAACCGACGCCGAUGCUGAAGUCCCACCUGAUCGUCGCUUCGCCGCCCAGGGUGUCCAUCGGCACCAGGAAAGUCCGCGGUGAAGCCAAAAAGUGUCGGAAGGUGUACGGAAUCGAGCACCGGGACCAGUGGUGCACGGCCUGCCGGUGGAAAAAAGCCUGCCAGCGCUUCCUGGACUGAGCGCAGCACCGCGGUGCCGCGUCCCCCCCACCCUGCUCCUGCCCGGGGAGCACCGGAGUCCCUCACUGCUGCAACCAGGGACCUUGGAGGUACCUCCUGUGACCCCAGAAGACACUUCCAGAGCUGCGUGUAAAUUCCUCCUUCUGUAUAUUGUACAUCUGCUGGGUUUGCCCCCCCCCCCCCUUUUUUUUUUUUUUUUUUUAAAAACAGAACCAAAACUUUUUCCAACUUUUCAUUUUUUAAACCUGAAGAAUAUCUCCCUUUGUACAGUAAAUGCUGGGGCUGGGAGGGAAGGAAGCUGGUUCCUCAGGGUUUGGAGGAGAUUGUAGGUGAUCUGGGGACCAAAGAUCUUCCUGCAUUUCCCAGAUCACCCCUAAAAUCUCCUGAAGGGUCGCGGCGUGGCUGGGGUGAGGAGUUGAGGCAGCUUCCCUUGUCCUUUGACUACCUAGAAAGUGCAAAUCCCUUGGACCCUUUAAGGGAGGGGAUCGGUAACAAUUAUAGCUUUAAAAAGGAAAAUGUUGCGUUGCUGUGAGCAGGGCAGGAGCAAUUCUCGGGGCAGGAGGAUGAGGUUUCUCUCCCUGUGUGGAUCUGGUCAUUGCUCGUGUCGUGUCACCGAUAGCUCGAGCCUGCGUGUGCCUCCAGGCGGUUCCAGCGCGGUGUUUUUGGAGGCAUUUGGGGGGAAAAAACCAAAACAUUUUAAUCAGGAAAACGGCAAGAAUUUUUAAGGCAAAACCUGGUGUUCCUUCUCGUUUCAGGCUUUGUAAGUCUGCUUAGCUCCGUGAAAAAUCAAUGUUGUGGGCCGUGUCUUUCAAAACUAAGCUGAGCAAUUUUUAAUUUUUAAUUAAUGAUUCCACCAAUAAAGGCAGCUGGGAGGACUGGGAAGGGCUGUCCCUUAGCAUCCCCCUAUGGCCCCAGUACACCAAAACACUUCAGUAUUGGCUUUUGAAUCCCAUCGAGCCUGGUGACAGUCACUUUUUUGACCUCUAUCCUUUUAAAAUCUAUAUAUUUACCCAACCCGACCUGCUGCUGGUCUCCCAUGGCUGUGGUGGCUCAUCACCAGCGGGGCAUUACGCUGGGUAUUGGGUCAGGGAGCCAUGUUGCCCCAUCAGGAUUCUCCCCUCACUGGGGCAGGCAGCUAUUUGGAUCCUAUUUCUUUUUUUUUUUUUCUUCCCUGCGUUUUGGAUAAUCAUAGGCCAUAACCCACAGCUGUCGAGCCAAGAGCAAUCCCUGUCUGGGGUGUUUUUAAGGACCCUGCGCCAAGACUCAUUUUUCCUUAUAAAACUGAAUCAAGUGGCUCCUGGAUCACCACGAACCCCCUUGGGUUUUUGAAGGGAUCAGGUGUCCAGACAGAGCAGAUUGAGUUACAUAUCUUUGUGUCACUGAUGCUUCUCGACGUGUUGGGGUAUUUUUUUCUUGUUCUUUUUAAAAUUUUGUACAUCUAAGCAGUUUAUCAUCCCACAACCUGAUCUCUCCGAUAUCCAACUGGUGGAUGUAAAUUUUAGCUGCUGGAAGGCAGGAGCAGAACUCCCCAGGCCGAGUGCAACCCCAUGGGGUUCCAUCCCUGGAGUUUCUGGGCAGGUCCGGCUCAAAUCCUGGGGAAGAGAAGAGUUUUUCCUCCCUGAGCACCGCUCGCUCGUGCUCCCAUCACGGCUGGAGCCUCGUGUUGGGAGCAAAAUGUCAGGAAAACCCUUUUUCCUCUCCCGUUGGUGGCAGAGACUCUUUGCAGGUUCCUAGCUUGAGCGUUUUAUUGCAUCCACAAGCCCUGGUAACAAUUAAUUGCGUGGCGGGGUAGUUGCACUCCUCAAAAAUAGUUGUGUUUUGGGUUUUUUUUUAAUUAAAAAAAGCCUCCACGUUACCUGUCUUGCGUCGCCCCGCAGAGCUCAGUGUGUUUCUCCUUCCAGGGAAGGGCCUGGUGCUGUUGGGAUGUGGGCAGGUUUUUGGUGAUGUCGGAGAUGCUGGUGGCUCUCUGAGAAGCAAGUGGGCGCUUUGGGAUGCCCCACACAGCGUCUCACUGCAUUUUCAUCUUUUUAAUUUUUUUUUUUU